CUACUGUAUACACUCAAAAACGGUAAAUGGCUAUCGCUGACCAGAAGACCCUUCAAACCGCCAUGAAAAUGGCUAAAGUUGCAAUUCACCUGGACGGAGGAAACAGACACAAGGAAGCUUACUGUGAAUAUCUGCGGACAAUCAACUACAUAUCACAUGCCCUUUUGGAGGAAGCUGUAGCACAAACCUCAGAGGAGAAGGAAAUGCUUACGACGGACAUGGAACGCAUGUUGACACUUGCGGAGCAGUGUUUGGAACGAGCCAAGUCAUUUUUAAAGAAGACCGCUGACCCUUUUGGCUUAGCCUGCCCGUCUUAUAUUUCAUCGAGCGAUUCUGACUGUCAUCAGACCGCUGACCUUCCAGUCAAAACAAUUAACAAUACAGCUCUUUCUGGGCCUCCUGUUGACAUUGGGCAGCAAGAAACCAGUCCCACAAAUACUUGUCAACACCAGGAGAAUGAGUGCUCCCCUUUCCUGCCUCCAGAGGUCUUCCAGAGACUACAAAAUGUGGAGUUGGACAAUACUAAACAAAAGGAAUUGACGCCCAUUGAAGAAGCUUCCCGUCUGAAUCAGAAACUAAAAGCCAAUUAUGAGGCACGUCUGGCAAGGCUCAAACCAGGGCAGGCUUUUCAGAAGACAUCUUUAACACUGUCUCUCCAACGUCAAAUGAUGGAGAACCUCGUCAUAGCCAAAGCAAGACAAGAAGCAGUCGAGCGGAAGAUGGAGGAGAGAAGAUUACGCUUGGAGGAAGAGGCCAACAGGAGAUUUGCAGCAUCUGGAGCAAUGACACCAGAAGAACAGGAGCAAUGCAUUCUUUACACCAAUGUUUUGGAGUAUGAGCACAACCAUGAUUGGCUCAAGCAAUGGAAAGUUAGCAUGAAGAAGAAUCCUGAUGAUAUCACUUUGGUUUCUGGCUUCAUUUCCAAUCUCCUUAGUUGUUCUGACCACCCAGUGGUGAAACUACUGAAGAAACACCAAUAUCGGAUUUACAAUCGGCUGUAUCCUAUUGUCAGUAAAGGAUUCCCAGCAAGUCACGUGAUCCCACCGAAAACAUCCAACAGCACUCACAACCAUCUCCAUCCAGAGCCCAAGAGGAAGCCAGACAGGACUGUCAGCAAUGACAUUGACAACCAGAGCUUCACAACCGACUUCUCACUCUUACCUUUUUCCUCCAAUGCACCCAAUAAAAACUAUGAUGAUAGUGAGGGGUUGGAGCUUAAGCCACAUAUGAUAGUGGACCGUGAGUACUCCUUUGAAGAUUUAGGGCACUUCCUCAACAAGAUAGACUGGGCCCCACUUCCAAGCAGCACUGAAGAUUCUUGCUGUAAUGUAGAGCUAAGCACUGGUAACCCAACUCAGCAGGAAGUGGAUGACGAGCAUUUUCCAGAGAUGAAGAUGAGAACGAUGAAGCAACAUCUGGAGGCCAUUGUCAAAGACAUUCAUAUAGCCAUUGAUCAACUACUGUCUCUAUGUUUGCUGUCCUGCGAGUAUCUUAACACUGCUGACUAUAAGGACAUGUGUCUGCGUAACAUUGAGAUGUCAUUCUUUGUUCCUCUCUGGAGUGCAUUAGUGGCACUUUUCAGGAUGGUACACAAAGAAAGGGAGCUUGCACUUCAAAUUCGAAUGAAACUCUAUCAAGAUGUUCUACCUGGAGAUUUUGGUGUUCCUUUGAAACUGUUCCCCCACCAAACUAACACUCCGAACGUUUCUUACCCAUAUGAGUGUGCUGUUCAGGAGCUGAAGCUUCUCACCAAAGACUGUUGCCCCCACAAGAAGUUGGAAUGCAUUGUGAGGACAUUACGCUUGAUCUGUUCAUGUGCUGAAGAAUACAGAUGCCUUGAUGAGUUGAAUUCUGCACCUAAAACAGCUGCCAUUGGUGCCGACGACCUCUUACCUAUUCUGUCCUUUGUGGUACUACGCUGUCAGUGUCCUCAGAUAGUCUCUGAAUGUGCUGCUUUGGAGGAGUUCAUUCAUGAAGGCUUUUUAAUUGGGGAGGAAGGCUACUGUCUUACCUCCAUGCAGAGUGCUUUGGCCUUUGUUGAGUCAAUGCACAUAGAUGGAUUUUCCCCUCCUCCAGAGCGAUUUGACUGAAACAGGUCUGGCCACCCAAAUUGCUGCACUAUGAGAGGGUGGGUCCUGUUGUUCCCUGGAUGGCAAGCGAGUUUGGGUUUGGGUGCAUACGCCCACUGCAGAACCUUUGGGUGGAACGCAGUCGGCAUUUGGAGAUUUCCUAUGGGACAGUCGCCUGGAAUCUGUAUCCCCUCAUGUGCAUCAACGAUCACCUCUCACUCUCUCACCACAGCAUUCCCACAAUGCAGUGGUCAGGUAGGAUGGGUUCAGACAUGGAGGUGUCAACCGCAGGGUCAUAGAGACUGGAGAGGGGAAUUGGUUUCUGUUUUUCAGUCUUAGCAAUAGGUUUGGUUCCAACUCAAUGGGUUCGUUGAAACCGGAACUCAGGGCUGUGGUGCCCAAAUUACAGUGUCUGACCUGAGAAGACCGGCAGUGUUGAUGCGAUGGUCUCGUCGAGCAUGUGGACACUCUGGCCUGUAGCUUUUUUAUUAUUGUCAUUGCAGCACAUUGCAUGGUUCAAACAUUAACACUCUGCUUGAAUACAAGAAAAUAAAAACAUAGUAGUUCACUC